UUUAAGGUGUGUGGUGGCUUCUGAGUGGUCAACGUCUUGGGGGCGGGGAUCUGUGGUCUUGCUGACCCUGACUGCCACACGCGGGAGUUGAACAGAACGCUGCUCCACUGGCGUUGCAACCACUGGGCAGCAACGGCUCCAGGGCUGCAGGAGCUGCUCUCUGCGGGAGGCUUCCGUUUCCGCGGACGCAGACAGGGUGCACGGGGCAGGAAACCUCGGCUCCGAGGCGCUUCCCCCGGGGCAGGGUCGGGAGCGGCAGCCAGGCCCCGCCUCUGGGACCCUCCCAUCCCCGCUGGCACCGCCCCGGGAGCCAGCAGAGGCCCCCUCCGUGACGGCAGCCGAGAAAGGCGGGUGGGGGAGAGGCGAUGACGGGCGCGCGGCCGUGCGCCACGGAGCAGCGCGAGAUCCGAGGCGCAGCGGCCGAGGAGCCAGCGGGGCAGGCACGGCCGCCCGAGGCGGCGGGGGUCGCCAUGUCGGGAGCGCGGGGCGCGGGCUGGGCGCUGGUCUCGCUGCUGCUGGCCGCGUCGGUGCUGAGCGCCGCGCUGCUGGCCCCUGGCGGCUCUCCGGGGCGCGGCGCCGGGGUCGCGCCGCAGCGAGAUUUAGACAAAAAGAAGCCCAGGGAGCUGAAGAUGGACCAGGCUCUACUGCUCAUCCAUAAUGAACUUCCUGGGACCCACCUGGCUGUGUACUGGAAAUCUGAACGCUGCUACCAUUGCUUGUUUGAGCUUCUGGUCAAUGUUCCUCAGAGAGAAAAACCAGGGCCAGCCAGCAUUGCCGCUGUCCCUGUCAGCAGCCAGCAUGGGUCGGUCCUGCAGCUGAAUGAUUCCCGGGUAGAGAAGGAAGUCUGUAGGCUGGAAUAUAGGUUUGGGGAAUUUGGAAACUAUUCUGUCUUGGUAAGGAGGAACCUUAACGGGAGCAACGGAAUUGCAUGUGACGUGGUCAUCAAUGAGAACCCAGUGGACAGUAACCUUCCUGUCACUGUCGCAUUCCUUAUUGGUCUGUCCCUCAUCAUUGCAGUGUGCCUCCUAAGGCUGUUGUUAAGCUUGGAUGACUUUAAUGAUUGGAUUUCUAAAGCUAUGAGUUCUCGAGAGACUGAUCGCCUCAUCAAUUCUGAACUGGGAUCUCCAAGCAGGGCGGACCCCCUCAGUGGUGAUCCCCAGCCAGAAGCAUGGCGCCCGUCUGUGUCAAAUUACCGCCUGCGCUGUGUGGACACAUUCCGGGGGAUAGCUCUCGUGCUCAUGAUCUUCGUUAACUAUGGAGGUGGAAAAUACUGGUAUUUCAAGCAUUCAAGUUGGAACGGAUUGACAGUCGCGGACCUGGUGUUCCCUUGGUUUGUCUUCAUUAUGGGAACUUCAGUUUUCCUGUCAAUGACUUCUAUGCUGCAUCAGGGAUGUUCAAAAUUCAGAUUACUGGGCAAGAUUACAUGGAGGAGUUUCCUGUUGAUCAUGAUAGGAAUUGUCAUUGUGAACCCUAAUUAUUGCCUUGGUCCAUUGUCCUGGGAUGAGCUGCGAAUCCCUGGCGUCCUGCAACGCAUAGGGGUGACUUACUUUGUGGUGGCCGUGCUGGAACUCCUCUUUGCUAAGCCUGUGCCUGAAGACUGGGUCUUGGAAAGGAGCUACACUUGUCUUGGAGAUGUCACUUCCAGCUGGCCCCAGUGGCUUGUCAUUCUGCUGCUGGAAAGCGUUUGGGUGGGCUUGUCCUUCUGGUUACCUGUUCCUGGGUGCCCCACUGGCUAUCUUGGCCCUGGUGGCAUUGGAGACUGGGGAAGGUAUCCGAAUUGUACCGGAGGAGCUGCAGGCUACAUCGACCACCUGCUCCUGGGGAGUGAGCACCUUUACCAGCACCCUUCUUCUACCGUGCUGUAUCACACCGAGAUGGCCUAUGACCCAGAAGGUAUCCUAGGGACCAUCAAUUCCAUCGUGAUGACAUUUUUAGGAGUUCAGGCAGGGAAGAUUCUGUUGUAUUACAAGGGUAAGACCAAAGAUAUCCUGAUUAGAUUCACUGCUUGGUGUUGUUUUCUAAGCCUUAUUUCUGUUGCUUUGACAAAAUGUUCUGAGAACGAAGGCCUUAUUCCAAUAAACAAAAACCUCUGGUCAAUUUCCUACGUCACUACCCUGAGCUCCUUUGCCUUCUUCAUCCUGCUGGUCCUGUACCCAGUUGUGGACACGAGGGGACUGUGGACAGGAGCUCCAUUCUUCUAUCCAGGAAUGAAUUCUAUUCUGGUGUAUGUGGGACACAAGGUGUUUGAGGACUACUUCCCCUUUCAGUGGAAGCUGGGGGAUAACCAGUCGCAUAGAGAGCACCUAACACAGAACCUCACUGCCACCGUCCUUUGGGUGCUCAUCGCCUAUGUUUUGUACAGAAAGAAGAUUUUUUGGAAAAUCUGACAGCCAUCGUGGAGAUUUGUUGCUGGAAACACAUCUUGUGAGCCUGUGGGAAGUAUUCAAGCAGCUUUUGUGCAAGGGAUCUUUCAUUUAGAAAUCAAUGGAUGUGUGCUUUCCAGAUCAUCAGGGGAAACGGUGAUAAACAAGGUCACUGCAGUAUGGCUCACCAGAACUCUGCCGGACUGUCUUGAGACCUCCUAUUUGGAAUGUAAUUUGUCUCUUUUCCUUCAUCUUCUGCAGAACUGGAUGGAUUUGUAACUUUCUUCUUGUAGAGCUCAUUGAG